AUGGCUAAGAAGCGUGUACUCGUUGGAUAUGGAAUUGAUAUUGAUGCCGUUGCUGGUUGGCUUGGAAGUUACGGUGGAGAGGACUCCUCCAGUGACAUCAGUCGAGGUCUCUUCGCAGGCACAAUCGGCGUUCGCCGCCUCCUCAAACUCUUCGAAAAGAACAACAUAAAAGGAACCUGGUUCAUCCCGGGCCACUCCCUCGAAACCUUCCCGGAAGAAUGCGUCCUGAUCCGAGACAGCGGCCACGAAAUUGGUCUGCACGGCUACUCGCACGAGAACCCCGCCGACAUGACCCUCGAACAACAACGCGACGUACUAGACAAAACGUACAAAAUGCUCACGGAGUUCUGCGGUAAGCCUCCAAGGGGCAGUGUUGCGCCGUGGUGGGAGACUAGUAAGGAGGGUGCGGAGUUGCUGUUGAGUUAUGGGAUUGAGUAUGAUCACUCGAUGUCGCAUGAUGAUGCUCAGAUGUAUUGGUUGAGGAUCGGAGAUGAGUGGACGAAGAUUGAUUAUAAGAAGAAGGCGGAGGAGUGGAUGAAACCAUUGGUCAAGGGGAAGCCGACGGGACUUGUUGAGAUUCCGGCGAGUUGGUAUAUUGAUGAUCUACCGCCUAUGAUGUUCAUCAAGACGGCGCCGAAUAGUCAUGGAUGGGUUGACCCGAAGGUUGUGGAGCAGCUUUGGAUGGAUCACUUUGAUUAUUUCUACGAGAACUAUGAUGAGUUUUGUUUCCCGAUGACGAUUCAUCCAGAUGUUUCUGGGAGACCGCAUGUGUUGAAGAUGCAUCAGAGGAUCAUUGAUCAUAUCAAUAAGCACGAAGGCAUUGAAUGGGUUACUUUCGAGCAGAUGACGGAUGAUUUCAAGAGUAAGAAUACCCCCGAAGAAGGUGCUGUUAUGCCAGCACCAAUCGGAGCGAUGUUGAAGAAGUAA